AUGGAAGCCCUCCGGGAUACUAUUUCCGCGCCGGCACUGGCUCGGGGCGCCAGAACUGGCACAUAUACCUGCCUGCAGGCGGCUGGUGCGUCACUGUCACUGCAUGCGCGCAGCGUGCGCGCACACUGCUUGGGACGACAAGAGGGUACCCGAAGCAACUCAAUGACUCUACUCCGUAUCACCACUCACCCCUCUUCCCUUUUCUUGUUCACCCCUCAACCAACCCAAUCCCCACCACACCCUUUGCUUGCACCAUGUCAACGCCUUGCACAGGAAACGUUUGCCGGUGUGCUGAGCUCCAACGAGCGAAUCAACCCCCUCUUCCACAACUGGAACCUCGUGAGGCUCCUCUACUGCGAUGGGGGCGGCUACGCCGGCACGAGAGGGCGGAUCAACCGCACAGACAGCUACUCUCAUCCGAGCACCGCUGGCACUUCGCCAAAAUCAGUGAGGAUCGCCCCGGGAACGAAUGUGGUCCUACACAAGGGAUCGCUUUUCAAGGCGCACCUUUCAAGCGCUGGCGCAGAAAUUGACAUUGCUGCAUCGUCCGGUCAACCCUACCUGCUCCUAUGGUACCCCCACCCACCACCCUAA